AUGCAAGGCUCUUUUUUAGAGAAGAAAGCUUUAGCUGACAUCUUUGGUAAAAUAAAAGAUGUAGAUGAGCAAAUGUUUGGUUUAAUAUUAGAACAAUUAAGAAAAAAAAAAGUUUAAGACUGUAUUGGAUAUCUUUCAGAUAACGUGAAUCAAAGGCAAUUAGAAUCAUAAAUCUUACAAAAAGCAGUUGAUAUAACCCAGGCUGAUAAAGAAUAGAAAAUGUCUGUUGUUAUAAAUGAUAUCAAAUAAAUCACAGAAGUCUUAAGAAAAUUAAAAGACCAUGACUUCAAUAAGUUAGACUAUUCUUGUGAAGAAAAUGAAGAAUUUACAUAAAGUAUAAUUCAUAGUAUCAAGGAUAAAUAAUGGAUCAUUGUAUUUCUGUAAUUUUGGUUCACAUCACAUCCAUUGAUAAUUAGUUGGUAUAAUGUGGGUCUAAUUCAUUAUAUAUAUUAGUUUAGAUGAAGGUGGACCUUAAAAACAAAAAUUUUGAAAAUAUUAAAAUCAAAAAUAUUUCCCUAAUAGGAGCUAAUUUUUUUAUGUGUAAUUUAAGUGGAUCCUAAUUUAAUAAUGUGAACAUAAGUGGAUUAAAUUUGAAUGGUGCUUAGAUGUUCAAUUGUAAAUGGAAGAACAUUAAAGUAAAUGAAUUGAAUAAAUUGCAUGGUCAUAUUAGCACUGUCUACUCAGUAUGUUUCUCUCCUGAUGGAAAUACAUUAGCUUCUGGUAGUGGUGAUAAGUCUAUCCGUCUAUGGGAUGUCAAAACUGGGCAAUAAAAAGCCAAAUUAGAUGGUCAUUGUACAACUGUCUAAUAAGUCUGUUUCUCUCCUGAUGGAAAUACAUUAGCUUCUUCAGGUGUUACAUAAUGUGUUUGGUAUAAAGUAGGAGGUAACGAUACUUCUAUCCUUCUGUGGGAUGUAAAAACAAGAAAAUUGAUAACAAAAUUAGAUGGUCAUGACUAGUAAGUUAAUUCAGUCUGUUUCUCUCCUGAUGGAAUUACAUUAGCUUCUGGUAGUGGUGAUAUGUCUAUCCGAAUGUGGGAUGUGAAAACAGGAUAAUAAAAAGCCAAAUUAGAUGGUCAUAGUAAUUCUGUCUACUCAGUCUGUUUCUCUCCUGAUGGAAAUACAUUAGCUUCUGGUAGUGGUGAUAAGUCUAUCCGAAUGUGGGAUGUGAAAACAGGAUAAUAAAAAGCCAAAUUAGAUGGUCAUAGUAAUUGUGUCUACUCAGUAUGUUUCUCUCCUGAUGGAAAUACAUUAGCUUCUGGUAGUAGUGAUAAGUCUAUCUGUCUAUGGGAUGUCAAAACAGGAUAAUAAAAAGCCAAAUUAGAUUGUCAUAGUAAUUGUGUCUAUUCAGUAUGUUUCUCUCCUGAUGGAAAUACAUUAGCUUCUGUUAGUGAUGAUAAGUCUAUCCGUCUAUGGGAUGUCAAUACAGGAUAAUAAAAAGCCAAAUUAGAUGGUCAUAGUAAUUAUGUUAGAUCUGUCUGUUUCUCUCCUAAUGGAAAUACAUUAGCUUCUGGUAGUGGUGAUAAGUCUAUCUGUCUAUGGGAUGUCAAAACAGGAUAAUAAAAAGCCAAAUUAGAUGGUCAUAGUAAUUUUGUCUACUCAGUCUGUUUCUCUCCUGAUGGAAAUACAUUAGCUUCUGGUAGUAAUGAUAAGUCUAUCCGUCUAUGGGAUGUCAAAACAGGAUAAUAAAAAGCCAAAUUAGAUGGUCAUACUAGUACUGUCUACUCAGUCUGUUUCUCUCCUGAUGGAAAUACAUUAGCUUCUGGUAGUAAUGAUAAGUCUAUCCGUCUAUGGGAUGUCAAAACAGGAUAAUAAAAAGCCAAAUUAGAUGGUCAUACUAGUACUGUCUACUCAGUCUGUUUCUCUCCUGAUGGAAAUACAUUAGCUUCUGGUAGUAAUGAUAAGUCUAUCCGUCUAUGGGAUGUCAAAACAGGAUAAUAAAAAGCCAAAUUAGAUGGUCAUACUAGUACUGUCUACUCAGUCUGUUUCUCUCCUGAUGGAAAUACAUUAGCUUCUGGUAGUAAUGAUAAGUCUAUCCGUCUAUGGGAUGUCAAAACAGGAUAAUAAAAAGCCAAAUUAGAUGGUCAUACUAGUACUGUCUACUCAGUCUGUUUCUCUCCUGAUGGAAAUACAUUAGCUUCUGGUAGUAAUGAUAACUCUAUCCGUCUAUGGGAUGUCAAAACAGGAUAAUAAAAAGCCAAAUUAGAUGGUCAUACUAGUACUGUCUACUCAGUCUGUUUCUCUCCUGAUGGAAAUACAUUAGCUUCUGGUAGUAAUGAUAAGUCUAUCCGUCUAUGGGAUGUCAAAACAGGAUAAUAAAAAGCCAAAUUAGAUGGUCAUAGUAAUUGUAUUAACUCAGUCUGUUUCUCUCCUGAUGGAAAUACAUUAGCUUCUGGUAGUGAUGAUAACUCAAUCCGUCUAUGGGAUGUCAAAACAGGAUAAUAAAAAGUCAAAUUAGAUGGUCAUAGUGAUUGUGUUAGAUCAGUUUGUUUCUCUCCUGAUGGAAAUACAUUAGCUUCUGGUAGUGAUGAUAACUCAAUCCGUCUAUGGGAUGUCAAAACAGGAUAAUAAAAAGGCAAAUUAGAUGGUCAUAGUGAUUUUGUUAGAUCAGUUUGUUUCUCUCCUGAUGGAAAUACAUUAGCUUCUGGUAGUGAUGAUAACUCAAUCCGUCUAUGGGAUGUCGAAACAGGAGAAUAACAAGCCAAAUUAGAUGGUCAUUAAUAUGCUGUCAUGUCAAUCUGUUUCUCUCCUGAUGGUAAUACAUUAGCUUCUGGUAGUGGUGAUACGUCUAUCCGUCUUUUUGAUGUCAAAACAGGAUAAGAAAUUAAAUCCUCUGAUAAAAACUACAAAGAUAUUCUUGCUUAAUUUAAGAUUCCCCUCCAAUAACAUAGCCAUAUUUUCAAAGGUAUCAUAUUUUUAGCCUACAAUUACCUUACUACUCUCAUUAUAUCCCAAAAAGCAAUAUUUCAAGCUAAAUAAGCUUUAAUUCUAAAAGGAGAGUUUAUGAAUCAUUCAGGUAUCGAUUUAAAGACAUUGUUUGAAUAAAAAGGAAGUUACUUUAUAGAAGAUUUAUAGAAAAAGUGA